UUUGUCUUCUCUCAAAUAAAGUGUUAAAUUGAAUUUGUUUACAAUUAGCCAAGAAAAUAAAUAAAUUUAUGAUUUCUCUUUAUUCAAGAAAAGAGGAGGAGGAUUUUGAGUUUUUGGCUAACCGACCUAUUCUUUGAGAUUGAUCCAAUCUUAAAUGGUAUGAAUAAGAGUAUUCCGUUAUCAUUUGCUCUCCAAUAGGACUGGAUCAGAGUGGUCUUCGUCAAGUCUAGGUGAUAUACACGGAGUAGGAAGAUGUAUAUACAUGCGGCGGCUGCCUCCAGAGUCCAGUGCCAAGAGCCAAGUUUAAUUUUCUUGCUACAUGCUGGUUUAGUGUGGUAGCAGUAUUGAAUCUAUUCAACAAUGAGUUCUCAAGGUCUGCAACUGAAAGGAAGGGAUGAUAAUUUUAAUCUCACAGCAAAAAUACCCCAGUUUUUCAAGAUAAUUCUUCAAAGUACUGCUCUUGAGGGAAGACUUCGGAUUCCGAUAAAGUUUGUGAAGAAAUAUGGGAAUUGUUUAUCAAGUCCAAUGAUCCUUGAGAUUCCUACUGGCAACACGUGGCAAGUAGAGUUGUUAAAGAAUGGGGAUGAUGUUUGGCUUGAAAAGGGUUGGCAAGAAUUUUCAGAGUAUCACUCCCUGAAGCAUGGGCAUUUGUUACUGUUUAAAUAUGAAGGAGAAUGCAAUUUCAGUGUGCUUAUAUUUGACAUGAGUGCUGUAGAGAUUGAGUAUCCAGGCAGGGAUAUCCAUUCAGGGAAAGAGACCAAGAAGCAAGAAAACGUGGGGGAUUUAAAGAGUAAAGCACAAAACUAUGGGUCGAAAGGCAACCAAUCCACGCCUAUACAGAUUGAGGAUUCAGAUUAUGCUGUAGAGAUUGAGUGUCCUGGCAGGGAUAUCCAUUCAGGGAGAGAUACCAAGAAGCAAGAAAAUGAAGAGGAUUUAAAGAGUAAAGCACUAAAUAAUGGGUCCACAAGCAACCAAUCCACACCCAUACAGAUUGAGGAUUCAGAUUGCUCCACUCAAGAAUUCAGAGUAAAGUCCAACGAAUCGAGGAGUGAAAAGAGUGUUGGUAAGCAAGCUGGAAGGCCUUCAAGUUCAAAUGUUUCUACAGCUCUUGAAGCUGCCAACAAAUUUACCUCAAGCUACCCAUAUCUCAAGGUCAUUAUGGAUGCAUAUCGUAAAGGGCCUCUCUAUUUGAGAAUACCUAUUACCUUUAUCCGGGAGCAUAUGAAAUGUGAAACUCAUACUGUGGGGCUUAAGGUUGCAGAAAAAACAUGGCUUGUGAAUUUGUAUGUUAGUAAAAGAUCAGGUCAACUUUGUGGUGGUUGGCCUGUGUUUGUGAGGGAAAAUUGUCUGAAGAAAGGAGACAUAUGCAUCUUUGAGCUGGUUGGAAGGAGAAUGAUGAAUGUGCACAUUUUCAGGCGGCCUUGUGGUGCUUAACUGGUUGCUGCUAUUGCCCCUUUGCUAUCAGAAGUCUCUUUCUUUUCAUCCUCAAUGUAUGAGAAAAUGUAACUUUCAGUUUUAAAUUGGUUGGGGAAAUGGCCUAUUUUUGGGACUCCAUCAUGAGUCAUUAGCACUUGGCAUAACCUUUUUGAGUUUUCUAAA